AUGAAAUACACGCAAACAAAUAUAAUUUCUGUAGAAUUUGGGUCGGCCACCCACCGCGCCAGGGGUGGGAGCGGGUUGUCACGUGGAGCUCUGGGCGCCGGCGCGACCGGGUCGCCCGGGCGCUCGGCCGGGCUGAGGGCUCACGGCCGCGGCAUUCCUCCGCCGACAGUCGGUCGCUCCGCUAUGCGUGCCUUCGCGUACCCAGCUGCGGCUCCCCGCUCAGCGGGCCGCUCGAGCCGGCCGCGAUGCGAGACCCCGCUGCGCUGA